UAUAUACGAGGAGUAAAAAAGAAAAAUAAAUUUAUAUUUGUAAAGCGAGAAUUUUAUUGGGUUAUAUGAUCAUAUAUUUCUCUUCCGGUCUUCCAAAUGACUCAUUCCACCCUCCCCAUUGCAGCAGCGUACCCAUCUUUCUCGCCGAAGUUAGAUUCAAAAUCCAAUACCUCUCCAAAAAGGAAAACGUUCCUUUCUCAGUUGCAAAGUUGCAAAAACAUCAAUCAAGUUAUACCAAUUCAUGCUAAGAUCAUAAGAACCAAUCAUGACCAAGACCCCUUUAUCGUCUUUGAGCUACUUCGUGUUUGCUCUAAUCUCAAAUCAAUUGACUACGCCUCCAAAAUCUUCUCUUGCACUCAACAACCGAAUGUGUAUCUCUACACUGUUCUCAUUGAUGGGUUUGUCUUAUCCGGUUAUUAUAUUGAUGGGAUUCACUUGUAUUAUCAAAUGAUCAACUUAUCAAUCUUACCCGAUAACUAUGCCAUCACUUCGGUUUUGAAAGCUUGUGGGUAUCAGUUAGCGUUGCAGGAAUGUAGAGAGGUCCAUUGCCAAAUUUUGAAACUUGGGUUGAGUUCAAACAGGUCAAUAAGAAUGAAACUGAUGGAGGUUUAUGGGAAAUGUGGAGUACUAGAAGAUGCAAAGCAAGUUUUCGAUGAAAUGCCUGAACAAGAUGUUGUUGCGUCAACAAUCAUGAUAAACUCCUUCUUUCAUCAUGGAUUGAUUCAGGAGGCAACUGGUAUUUUUAAUUCGGUUAAGACUAAGGACACUGUGUGUUGGACUGCUAUGAUUGAUGGGUUGGUUAGGAAUGGGGAGAUGAACCUAGCGUUAGAGUUAUUCAGAGAAAUGCAGAGGUUGAAUGUGAGGCCCAAUGAAUUUACUGUUGUUUGUGUUUUAUCUGCUUGUUCACGAUUGGGGACUUUAGAACUCGGACGCUGGGUGCAUUCUUAUAUGGGCAGGUACGGUAUUGAGCUUAACCAUUUUGUUGGUGGUGCCUUGAUCAACAUGUACUGGAGGUGCGGAGAUAUUGAUGAGGCGUGGCGGAUUUUUGAAGAGAUGAAAGAGAGGAAUGUCAUCACCUACAAUUCUAUGAUUAUGGGGCUUGCCUUGCAUGGGAAAAGUAGCCAAGCUAUUGAGUUGUUUAGGAGAAUGACAAAACAAGGACUUGCUCCAACUAGUGUCACUUUUGUGGGUGUGUUGAGUGCUUGCAGUCAUGGGGGUUUGGCAGAUUUGGGAUUUGAAAUCUUUCACUCUAUGGCAAGAUAUUAUGGGAUUGAGCCACAAAUUGAGCACUAUGGAUGUAUGGUUGAUCUUCUGGGUCGACUGGGUAUGCUUAAGGAGGCAUAUCAUUUUAUUAGAACAAUGAAAAUAGCACCAGAUCAUGUUAUGCUUGGAGCUCUGCUUAGUGCUUGUAAGAUUCAUGGAAAUCUGGAAUUAGGCGAAGAGAUUGCAAAAAGUUUAGUGAAUUGUGGAAAUGCAGAUUCAGGUACUUAUGUUUUACUAUCAAAUGCAUAUUCUUCAUCAGGGAAAUGGAAGGAAGCUGCACAAGUAAGAGCAAAGAUGAAAGGAGAAGGAAUAGAAAAGGAACCAGGUUGCAGUUCCAUUGAAGUGAACAAUGAGAUUCAUGAGUUCAUUUUGGGAGAUCUGAGACACCCCCAAAAGGAAGAAAUCUACAAAAAGUUAGAAGAAAUGAACGAAAUAUUAAGAUUGGAAGGCUAUACUCCUGCAACAGAAGUAGUGCUACAUGAUAUUGAGAAGUGGCAGAAAGAGUGGGCUUUGGCAAUUCAUAGUGAGAGGCUUGCAAUAUGCUAUGGACUAAUUUCUACAAAACCAUUUACCACAAUAAGAGUUGUGAAAAAUUUGAGGGUAUGUGAUGAUUGCCACUCAAUGAUCAAGCUCAUUUCUAAGAUUACCAAGAGAAAAAUAGUUGUGAGGGAUCGCAAUAGGUUCCACCAUUUUGAAAAUGGAACUUGUUCUUGUGGGGAUUACUGGUGAGAUCAGAGUAACUUAUGUUCCUAUUCAUAGAACUGAGUAUGAAAUUCAAAGUUUGACUUGGGAACUUCAAGUCUCCAUGAAAUUAAUAUAAUUAGUUGAUAUUUUGUCUUAA